AUGCCUCCCAAUGGCAUACAUCAAGAAACCAAUCUGCUCGACUCAGACAAUUAUGACCCGAUAGAACACCUCGAUCAGAUAUUCUCUCACCCUUCCACCUUGUCGUCAGUCGGCCAGACCUACGAGAUCCUGCAGGGCUACCAAGAUGACUUGGACGAUGAGAUAGAAGGUUUAGAAGAUGACCAGAUUCGGUCAAACGCAGAAUGCUUGGGACGGAUGGAGGCUGCGAAAGCAGAACUGGCGGACCUGUUCCAGCGCAUCGAACAUGUCCGGGAGCGUGCCUUACAAACAGAGCGCAAUAUCACCGAGAUGACGGCGGAUAUCAAGCAGUUGGACAAUACAAAGAAAAAUCUGACAUUGUCCAUGACGGCACUAAAGAGGCUGCAGAUGUUAACCACUGCCUACGAACAACUGCGCGCCCUGAGCAAGACACGGCAAUACCGAGAAUGUGCACAGCUCCUCCAGGCGGUGAUCCAACUUAUGGCGCAUUUCAAGUCAUAUCGCUCGAUUGACCAGAUUGCGACGCUGAGUAGGAAUGUGGCAGAAUUGCAAAGGGAACUGCUCGAACAGGUCUGUGAAGAUUUCGAGAUCAGCUUCACCAAGGAAGAGGUGGCGCAAAAGAGAGGGUUGCUGCACGAGGCGUGCAUGGUUGUGGAUGCUCUUGGUGAUGCAGCCCGGUCGAGACUGAUCACUUGGUACUGCAACACCCAGCUGAGGCAAUACCGGAACAUCUUCAAGGGAGACCAGGAAGCCGGCUCUCUCGACAACAUCGACCGACGAUACGCAUGGUUCAAGAAGACUCUGAAGGUAUACGACGAGGAGCAUGCGGCCAUCUUCCCUUCGCAUUGGCGGGUGAACGAGGUCUUAGCAAACGUGUUUGCCGAAGGGACGAGGGACGACUUCAAAGGCAUCUUGUCCAGGACCACUCGUAACGGGCAGACGAUUGAUGUCAGGCUUCUGCUGUCGUGCCUUCAGCAGACAUUGGAUUUUGAACACAGUCUGGAAAGGAGGUUCAAUCAGACAUCCAGAGCAUCUUUUGACACGACCAUCUCUGCUAGCGAUGUUCCAGUUUUCGGCCAACCUAUAUCGAGUGCUUUCGAGCCCUAUCUGAGUUUAUGGGUCGAAGCCCAGGACAGGGAACUUGCGAGGCUGAUACCACAGUACAAGCAAAGGCCGACGAGGCUCGCAGACGAAGAGUUUUCUUCGCAGCAAGUGAUCGCAUCCUCGACCGAGUUGUUCAAUUUCUACCGUCAUUCAUUGGCGCAAUGUGCAAAGCUAUCAACCGGACAACCCCUACUGGAGCUGUCUCGAGUGUUUGGUCGAUAUCUGGAUCAAUAUGCCCAGCAGGUCCUACUGUUUCAUAUCUCCGAGAAGCCAUCAGGCGGCACCCCCUCGCGGAUCCCGACCGUCGAAGAUGUGAUCCUGGUCCUCAACACCGCCGACUACUGUUUCAACACAUGCAAUUCUCUUGAAGAGAAGAUCAAGAGCCGCAUCGAUGAAAACUUGAAGGACAAUGUUGAUUUGCAAAGUCAAGCGGACGCCUUCAUGGGGAUAGCGAGUGCUGCUGUGCGAGGGCUGGUCAGGCGGGUGGAGGUCGACCUUGAACCCAGCUGGCGGGAAAUGCGGAACACUGCCUGGUCAAAGAUCGAGAGCUGUGAGAACCAAAGCUCCUACAUCACAGGUCUGGAGCACCGCAUCAAAGAAAGAUCGAGCGAAAUCCUGGGUAUGCUUCAUAAGCAACAGUAUGCGCGGGCCUUUGCCGAUAAUCUGGUGGAACUGCUCGCCUCGACCUACAUUUCCAACAUUGCACAAUGCAGGCCCAUCUCAGAGGGCGGCGCCGAACAGAUGCUGCUGGACACGCAUGAGAUCAGGAACACCUUGAGUCACAUACUACCAGGCACGCCUCCGCCACUGUUCCUGAAGCGAGUCACGACUGCAUUCGGCAAAGUUGAGCCGCUAUUGAAGACUCUCCAAGUCAGACCGUCUCCGCCAGAAGCGCUGGUGCAGGCCUAUCUGAUCCAUAUUGCUGAUCUAUCCGAGGUCAAUUUCCGCAAGAUCCUCGAGCUCAAGGGCAUCCGCAACAAAGCGGAACAGAACCAUUUAGUGGAAUUGUUCCAAAUGCACAAGUUCAGCCCCCGGUAUAAGGAUUCGCUGGUGGAACGGUCGCCGCUCCUCACGUCCCUGAACCUCUCGGGCACGGUCUCAGUGAGUAGUGCUGCAUCGUCAACACCAGCUGGAGCUUUGCACAAUCUUUCGGCUCUGGGCAAUUCGGCGGCAGCAUCAUUGAGUACGGCGAACUUACCUGCCAACAUGAAGUUUGAUGCUUCUGGUCUGGGCAAUGCCAUCAUCGAUCGGUUCAGCAGCCCGAGUCUCGGAGGCGCGGCAACACCCAGGGAAGGCGCAUUUAGUCCGCCUCCUGUUGCAGGUCCUGGCCCGGGCAGCAGCAAUUUGGCGCCUGCUGACGGCACAUCGGCGGGAGGCGAAGCCGGGGCCAAGCUGAAUGAAAACCUGAAGAAUCUGGGGAAAUUCUUCAAACGAGACCUGGGCGGGUUUGGAGGCAUCGGUCGCUUUGGCAGCAAGACCUCCGGCCCCGCGACGCCUGAGGAGAAAGUCAACGGCCGGUAG